AUUAAGCGCUCCGGCUCCACUUUUAAAUGUUAUCCCUAUCGGGUGUUGUUGGCAGCUCUCCUCGUGUUAGAAAUAGGAAAAUUCAAUAAUAAAACAAGAAAGAGAGGAAAAAAAAAAAUCGGGCAACUUUGAUCACGCAUGCUCCCAUAAGGACCGUCCUGAGCGCACAUUUUCGCGCACUUGGAAAGUGUCUGAAAGCAGCCCAAGUGCAGGUCUGUCGGAUUUCCACGUCCCAGUGUCCAGUCAAUGCCCACCCUUGCCAUUGCCUUUAGAGAGCAAUGUGAAAUAAUCAACCUUAUGUGAAGUUGUUUUAACUGAAGAACCCUGAAGAACAUGGGCUUCGACUCCUGAAGAUCACACUCCUUCAAGGUCUCAUCACUCCACCCAGUACUCCCAGUGUUGGCUGGGUUGAGUAAUCUGGGGGAGGGGGGGUUCGUCUAGAAUGAUUAACUACAGUGAAGCUGGAACUUGCCAUCUACCAGGUUGGAUACCUGUCUCUCUGUAAACGUCUACGCUACAGUGCAUCUACAGCUAUAUGAAGAACUGGGUGAAGAUUGGAUGAUUGUUAGUUACAUCCUGAAAGAGCUCAUCCUGGCAGCAUUGAGCACAAAGCAGGAAAAACCCCGAAAUGGAGAAUCUAGUGUUUGCACCACUGUCAUUUUGCCAUAUGGAGGUGCUGAUUAUAUCAUAAAAAGAGGAUUUGCCUGUUCAGGUGACAAAGCAAGAGAAAGAUACACGGUAAGCUGAAAGAACUUUAUGCACUGAAACGACCUCAGGUAAAUCCAAGAUGGCUGCUAAGAGGAAAGGUGGCCUAAAGCUAAAUGCAAUUUGUGCCAAGCUAAGCCGGCAAGUAGUGAAUGACUGUACCUCCCAGCCGGCAGAGGGCGAUCUCCGCCUGCAAGAGAGCACGGAGAGGGAGGCCCUGCUCUAUGAAGAUCUUGAGAAACCCGAGUCUGACUUUCCAGAUGGGCUUAGCCACGUGCAGGACAGAGAAGAGGAUAAGCGUCGAAGAGAGGCCAUUGAAAAAUGGGUGAACGGGGAGUACUCUGAGGAUCACGCCUUCGAGCAAAAGGUGGAGAAGAGCAAAAAAAGUGGAACUGCUGAUGAAGGGCCUCCAGAAGGAGUUUACAUGGUACAACCCAAAGGUUGUAGCGAUGAUGAGGACAAUGAGGAGGACGCAGAAGAGGCUCAGGGCUCACAGGAUGGCAGUUACCAUGAUGACAGGGACUCCGAGGGGCCUGCUCAAAAGGAGGACAGCUACAAUUCUUCCAGUGAGGCCGCACCGAGACCGUUACCAUUUUCUUCUCCAGGAGAAGGCUCUUCUCUCCGUGACUAUGCAGCCAACACCAUGAAUGAGUUCUUGGGCAUGUUUGGUUAUGAUGACCAGCAGGUGAGAGAUGAACUGGCCAAGAAGAUAAGCUUUGAGAAGCUAAAAGCUGCUACCUCAGAGUCUUCCUCCCUUUCAAGUGAGGAGGUUACCCGGCGGGCCCGCUUCUCCAAGUAUGAAGAAUACAUUCGCAAGCUAAAAGCCGGUGAGACAUUACCUUGGCCAGUCCAUGCUCCCAAAUCCGAUGACCUGAACUGCAAGUUGGGGCAUGACAAAGGGGCAUUGCUUCAAAUAGCUAGCCGGUUGCAGAGCCCUGAGGGUCACAUACUCCCAGCUGAAUCAAAGCCUGUGGUUCUCCCUGUGCCACCCAGCUCCUCAUCCAUGCAGAGCCUGGCCACCCGGGCUUCCAAAUACGACUUUUUUAUUCAGAAGUUAAAAACAGGGGAAAGCUUGCGGCCGCAGAAUGGCAACACCUACAAACGACCAUCCAAAUAUGAUUUGGAAAAUGUCAAGUACCUCCACCUCUUCAAGCCUGGGGAAGGAAACCCAGACAUGGGGGGAGCCAUCGCCUUCAAAACUGGAAAGGUAGGCCGGCCUUCCAAGUACGACAUCCGCAACAUACAGAAACUGAUGCCAGUGAAGACGGAUGCCAGCCUGAUGCCACAGACAUUGUCAGCCACAUCCAGCACACCCGGGACAGCCGGCCCAGCUACUGUGGCCGUUAGCACAACAGGUCCCUCCGCCACUUCUGAGCAGUCCACCAACCUAAACUUCAGCAAUCCUGAUUAUAUGAAAUCAAGCUUCUCCAAGACAGACUCCAUCACCACAGGGACAGUGUCCACAGUCAAGAAUGGAUUGCCAGCGGAAAAAACAGUCACAGAAGAUGUCAACUUGUACCAGAAAUAUAUUGCCAGGUUUUCUGGCAGUCAGCACUGUGGCCACCUACAUUGCGCCUAUCAGUACCGAGAACACUACCACUGCCUGGAUCCCGAAUGCAACUAUCAGAGAUUCACCAGUAAGCAGGAUGUCAUCCGACAUUACAACAUGCACAAGAAGCGCGACAACUCACUGCAACACGGGUUUAUGCGCUUCAGCCCUCUGGAUGACUGCAGCGUUUACUACCAUGGCUGCCACCUCAACGGCAAGAGCACGCACUACCACUGCAUGCAGGUUGGCUGUAACAAGGUGUACACCAGCACUUCAGAUGUGAUGACGCACGAAAACUUUCACAAGAAGAACGCACAGCUCAUUAACGAUGGCUUCCAGAGGUUCCGAGCCACAGAAGACUGUGGAACAGUGGAGUGCCAGUUCUAUGGGCAGAAGACAACGCACUUUCACUGCAGGCGUCCAGGUUGUACAUUUACCUUCAAAAACAAGUGUGAUAUAGAGAAGCACAAAAGCUACCACAUCAAGGAUGAUGCGUAUGCCAAGGAUGGUUUCAAGAAGUUCUACAAGUACGAGGAGUGCAAAUAUGAAGGCUGUGUGUAUAGCAAGGCAACCAACCACUUCCACUGCAUUCGGGCAGGCUGUGGCUUUACCUUCACGUCCACAAGUCAAAUGACCUCCCACAAACGAAAGCACGAAAGACGACACAUCCGCUCAUCUGGGGUCCUUGGUCUUUCCUCAUCCUUCCUUGUGCCCAAGGAGGAACCAGACGAUUCCAGCAACGAUGACCUUAUGGACUUCUCGGCUAUUAGCAGCAAGAACUCUAGCCUCAGUGCUUCCCCCACCACUCAGCCAUCCUCCAGCAUCCCCCUCAUGCUUCCUACACCAACUACCACCAUGUCGUCCUCUCAGGUGGUCAAACCCACUGCUAGCCUCUCUCCAGCCAGCAAGAUGUCAACACUUUUAACCCAAGCUCUUCCUAGUACCAUGCCGGUCGCUCUUACCCUCUCCAACCCAGCCUUAUCUGCUUCAAAUCCCUUUUUUCCCAUCAUUCCCCGGCUUCCACUACAGAUUCCUGUCUCUGCUACUGGUUUAAUAUGUGCAGCUUCCUCCAAUGCCACAUCAUCAUCAUCAUCAUCCAAUGAAUCGAUCCCUCAGAGUGGCUCAGCAUCUGGUGAUUCUCCAUUGGCGAUCACAUCCAGCUCACAUGCGGCAACUUCCAUAGUGGAGAAGAUUUCCGCCAGCAAGGGCCUGAUAUCACCGAUGAUGGCCAGACUUGCCGCAGCUGCGUUCAAGCCCGCUGGGAGUGUAGAGACAGGAAAUGGGCUGCAAGGGAGCAUGGCCAGGUUUAAUCUGGUUCAGGUGAAGCAGGAGCCCUUAGAUGGAAGCACAGCAACCUCCCAGGAUUCCUUGCAGGAGAAAAGUUUGGAUCUCAGCAAAAAAGAGCAGAGUAAUGAAUCAAACGGACACCCUGCACCGGGAAAUACAUCUCUUUUAUCCUCGCUUAUGAAUAAGAUUUCGCAGGCCAAUGUGGGAUUCUUCAACACACUGAACAUCAAGUCGGAGAUGGAGAACAGCCAUGUGGGCGACGGCCCUGAAGCCAUUCAGUUUUUGGGCCCAGCGGGGAAAGCUCCGCUUCAAGAGAAGACAGCCGAGUUCUGGAAGACCUACUUGAGGAGGUUUGAUACAGAAGAUUUCUGCGAAGGGACUUGUGAUUUCCUACACAAAUGUCACUUCCAUUGUCUCGUGGAGGACUGUGGCGCCCUUUUCAGCACAUUGGACGGAGCCAUUAAACACGCAAAUUUCCAUUUCAGAGCCGCAGUCAAAGUGAAAACAGAGCCGUUGCUGAACCCGACUGGUGAGAACAGGGUGCCGUCUGACUCGAACGCCUCACAGCAUCCUGCUUCAGCUCACAGUGGAGAGCUGCCUACAGUUAGCCCUGCUGCCAUCUUUACUUCUGCUCCAUCGUUGCUCACAUGGAAACAACUGACUGGCUCCAUUCCCCAGCUUCCUGCCUCCGUACCAAGCCUGGGGGCUGCUGCCUCCCAACUAGCGACCACCUCGUUGGAGAACGCCAAACCCCAAGUGAAACCGGGAUUUCUCCAGUUCCAGGACAAUGACCCCUGCUUGGCCACAGACUGCAAAUAUGCAAACAAGUUUCACUUCCAUUGUCUUUUUGGAAACUGCAAAUAUGUGUGCAAGACGUCGGGCAAGGCUGAAUCCCACUGCCUGGAUCACAUCAACCCCAACAACAACCUGAUGAAUGUCCGCGACCAGUUUGCUUACUACUCCCUGCAGUGUCUUUGUCCCAACCAGCAAUGUGAGUUCCGAAUGCGUGGACACUACCACUGUCUGCGGCCUAACUGCUCCUUUGUCACGAACAUCACAACCAAGCUACCCUGGCACAUUAAGAAGCAUGAGAAGGCAGAACGCAGAGCUGCUAAUGGAUUCAAAUACUUCACAAAGCGGGAAGAGUGUGGCCGACUAGGCUGCAAGUACAACCAGGUGAACAGCCACUUCCACUGCAUCCGCGAGGGUUGCCAGUUCUCCUUCCUGCUUAAACACCAGAUGACCUCUCACGCCCGCAAGCACAUGAGGAGGAUGCUUGGCAAGAAUUUUGACCGGGUCCCCUCACAGGUGGCAACGCACUCUCACAGAAAUGACGACUUACACCCAGUGGCAAAUUUGUCCAUGAGCUCAGUCGGAAGUCACAGCAGCUUGGGCCCCGGUUUUACAAACAUGAUGGAUGAAACAGAUGACUACAUGGAUUACAUGGGCUGUGGCAGUCCAACAGGGGCCUCGUCAGAGUCCUCAAACCCGGAUCGCAGUUGCAGUAGCACUCCAGUGGGCAAUGAGAGCUCCUCGGCAGGAUUAGGCUGCCUGGUUGCUACUACUGCUGCUGUCGCUGAUCCUUCUCCUGCUGAUCCUACUAGUACCCACAAUGCACCACUACCGCCACUGCUGCAACCUCAGCCUCCAUCUUUCCCGCAAGCCCUGCUCCGGUCUCCUCUCUCAUCCCUUCCAUACCUCCUCUCUCCAUCUUGUCUGUCAUACUCUCUACUCAGCACAGCUCUCGGAGCAGCAAGGAGCGUUGCCAUGCCGACUGCCACGCCGGGUUUCAGCCCAAUCCUUGCCGCUCCGUCUCCAGUUAAAAGUGACGUCCCCAUAGUACAGGAUGCUGCAGGGAACACCAUUUCGAUGCCUACAGCCUCUGGUGCAAAGAAACGCUUUUGGAUCAUUGAAGACAUGUCACCAUUUGGCAAGAGGCGCAAGACAGCUUCAUCAAGGAAGAUGCUAGAUGAGGGGAUGAUGUUGGAGGGAUUCCGCCGCUAUGACCUCUAUGAGGACUGCAAGGACGCAGGCUGCCAAUUCUCUCUUAAAGUCACCCACUAUCACUGCACACGAGAGAACUGCGGCUAUAAGUUCUGCGGGCGUACGCACAUGUACAAACACGCCCAGCACCACGACCGCGUGGACAAUUUGGUCUUGGACGACUUUAAGCGAUUCAAGUCCUCCCUCAGCUGCAACUUUGCCGACUGCCAGUUCUCUGGAAACAGCACCCACUUCCACUGCCUGCGCUGUGAAUUCCGCUGCACAGACAGCACCAAAGUUACAGCCCACCGCAAGCACCACGGCAAGCAAGACGUCAUCAAUGCCGCCGGCUUCUGCCAGUUCAGCUCCAGUGUGGACUGUGAAGUGUUGGAUUGUAAAUACAAGCUCAAGUGCUCACAUUUCCACUGCACCUACCCGGAAUGCAAACACACGGUGGUGGGCAUGUCACAGAUGGACUCUCACAAGCGCAAGCAUGAGAAACAAGAGCGGGGCGAGCUGCCAUCCGUGUCGCCCGGCAGAGAGAUAGCAGUCAGCGCAGGAGUCAAUGCAAGGGUCCCUCCUGCCUCACCAGGGCCUGCGGACGUUCCUGGCAGCACUGCCAACUUCCCCGCUUCCUCUGAAUAUGACAACCAGGGAUCCAUUAGCCUUGAUAGCUCACUGAACCUGUGUACCGAUGCAAACAGCUCUCUCUUCUUCUUGAAGAAUGCUGUUGGCAUCGGCCUUAAUGACUCGCUGGACCUCAGCAAAAAGGUCCAGAAUGACCUGCUGGUAGCAGCUAACUCCAUCCCCAGUGGCGCUACCAUGCAGGGGUCUCAGGAUGAGGCCACUGCAACGUCAGGAGAGGCUGAAGAUGACCUGUCAAAUGAGGAGGAGAUGAAUGCUGAGGACGAUGACGACGAUGACGAGGAGGACGACGACGAGGACGACGAUGAGGAUGACGACGAGGAAGAUGACGGGGAGGAGGAUGAUGAGUUAAACACAGACUCCUAUGAAGAUUCUGUGCCUGAGCCUGAAAGCCUGGCAAAUGAGAAAGAGAACGGAGUUUGCUUCGAUGCUUCCAGCAACCACACAGCUGCUUCCGGCCUACCUAAAAAGGACCCUGCAGCCGAGCCCUAGGAAAGGAAAGUGAAUUGGGGACUCGAGGCUGAACAAAGUGCAAUGGCGAGUGGCGUCAGUCAACACAUUAAGGAUGCAAGAAGACACUGUUCUGGAUGGCCCCAAAAUUCUUCUUAUGUUUACAAAAUGACCAACGUCGUUGAUUUCAUUAUGCAGAAGAAACGAAAGAAGGCCCCGUGAUGUGGGGGGACACGGAGCGUGUGUGCAUGGUUCUUCCGUUUGCUCCUUUGUUUCCUUUCCUUUGUUAUUUUAUCCUAGUUUGUGUGCUGGGGGGCUAGGGGCAAAAAAAUAAAAAAAAACACAGCGUGAUAAGGGAAAAGCCAAGUCACCGGACAGGCCGGUCAGCCCUUGUGGACCAGGAGCAGAGAACGAGAGGUGAUUUUAGUGAACCAGAGAGACGCUUCCUCAGGUUUGCGCUGGUCCUAAGUGGCACAUGCCCACUUCCCACACCCCCCGUUAGCCAACGGUCAGCACUUUGCAGCCGAAGCUUAAAGGCGAGCAGAGUGGGCAGCUGCCUCCUCACCCAAGCGACUUGUCUGACAGCCCGACUAUAUGAAGGUGUGUUUCUUUUUUUUGUUUUUGUUUUGUUUUAUCGUUUGUUUUUAUCUUGCUGGACCCAGGAAAACGUUUUGCACAGUGACUAAACUGCUGUCGACACCCACGUGCGAAGAUUGACGCAAUACCCCACGCCGGCUUGCCUGCCAUCCUCUACUUUAGGACUUAGAAGAAGAAAAAAAAAAAGUGUUCUCGAAGUCUGUUGAGGGGGAGGCACAAAAACAAACAAACAAACGAGCUAUCUCUGGGAUCCCCAACACCGAAUACGAUGGACCAAACCACACAUUGUCUUCCCGAUGAGCGCCGAGAGGCUCGGCCAAUGGGAGCAGGCGGCGCCCUCUCUGUUCUCUCCUUCCGAACACCCGGCAAGAAAUCGAAGAAACUCGGUGAAAUCCAUGUACAGGACAAAGAGAUGAAAUGUUGUACACUGUUUUUAUUUCAAUUCUAUUUUUGGAAAAAAAAAAAAGUCCGAAUGUUUAAAUUCAAUGUGUGCUUUUAUUUAAUAUUUAUGUCUUUUGUUUUUUUGCACUUUGGGGGGAGGUGCUAAAUAUCUCGUACGCAAUACUUUGAGACGUUCACCAUAUUGGCAUCUUGUUUAAAUAAGAGAAAAAAAUACAAAAAACAAACAAACAAAAUGGGAAAGACGAAUGUUUGCCCAACAAGUUUAUUUAAACAGAAUGAAGACAAGUGGUUGUCUCGUCACAAAGGAGUAGGGCAGAAAUACGAAGCCUCCCGAAUUUGCUGUAGCAGUGUUGAGGCCGGAAAAACACUAAUAUAUGAAAAAUAAAAUAAAAUAGACUUCACACGACUAAAAGCAAACGCAACCAUGUUCUCGAGGUCGCCCACUCUGCGCUGCACGUCGUCGAGUGUCCAUGCGAAAAGGCCUCAAACGGCGAGGCCCAGGCCUGAACGGAAGGAAGCGUGUUUUUACAAAUUGAAAUUGUUGUACAGUAUUUUCCUGUAAAAGCGAUAUAUAUAUUGAACAAAGCGUGGGGGUGGGGGGUGGGGACGGGGUGGAGGGGGGCCGCAAAGACUCUUCCCAAAAAAAAAAAAAAAAAAAAAAAAAUAGACUAGAAUUCUGUACAAAUCCUGAGAGUUUGGUUUUUGUGUGAAUUUUAUUUUAUUACAUAUGUUUUUUUUUUUUUUUUUUUUUUUUUUUUUAGAUCUAGCAUUAAUUAGGGACCUCGACAAUUUGACAUUAAGGGCCCGCUUUAUUUUUAGCACUGACAACAGCUGUGUGAUUCAGUUUUUAACUUGAAUUUUAUAUAAAAAAAAAAUAUAUAAAUGAACGAAUAAGAAAAAAAAAAAAACAAAAACAUUAGAUUUGUUAAUAUAAGUUUGUAGCUAAUUUAAUACCGUGUUCUCUUGUUUUUCUGUGUGGUUUCAUUUUAGUUUGUUUGGGAUUUUUCUUUUUUUUUGGGCUGCCUAUCCACACUGUUUUUAUUUAUAAGAUUUGCUCUCAGUUCAAUGACAAGGCAGCAUGUGAAUCUGAUACAUUUGUUAAAUGUGUGUAGAAUGAAGCGCAAAUGUAUAAAAUAUAUAUAGAAUUAUAUACACACACACAUAUAUAUAUAUAUAUAUAUAUAUAUAUAUAUAUAUAUAUAUAAUUUGGGCUGGGAAGUCGAAUAUGCACUUGGAUCAAUUUUAUGUGUGUAAAUCAUUAAAAUAUUUGAAAUGCUUCAAGCGGAGGGUGACAUGGCGCUAUACACUGCACUCUGGUAGGACAGGGUCAGGUGACCCUCGGUCAGAGCAUGCAGUUUGUUUCUCAUUUCUUUUAUUAUUUAUUUCUUAAACGAUCGCAUCCCGGUGGACGUAAAGGAACGAAUUGCAGUUUAAGCCUAGCAGACGGCCCCGUGCGGAGUUCUCGAGGAGGACAGUCCGGCCGCGCAGACCUCCACACCCGCGGCACGGCCGCUCACACUAAAGAAAGGCCAGUCCCGGAGCGCAGGCACACAGUGAAGCCGCCUCCACUUGCCACUCUCCAGUUCUUCCCUCUGUUCCUUUUUUCUCCUUUGUGAUGUUUCUUUAAUUAAAAAAGAAAAAAAAAAUUAAAACAACAAAAUGAACGGGUAAACACAAAAACAUCCGUCAAGCAGCUGGUGUCCUGUAAUCUGGGAUAAAAAAUAAACAGGAAAAUGAUAUUCAACAAAAGCAGACAGAAUGACCUCCAAAUCCCGCGUAGCUCUGCUGCUGCUGCUCAGACGACACAUCAUUUCAGUGUUUUAAUUAACCAGCAGAAAAAAAAAAUCAAACACAAAAAACACAAAACUGGAUUACGUGUCUGUGCUCGAUAGACUGGAGUAAAGUAGGAACAUUAAAAUAAAUAAAUAAAUGACAGAUGUAGCAACGAAAAAAAAAGGACAAAAACCCCCUGGCCUUCUGUACUGAAUCUUGCACACUAGGACAAUAAGCCAUCUCGAGCUCACGUCUCAUCUGAACGUCUUUGGUCGUUUUUUGGUUUUCUUUCUCUUUUUCUUUCUUUUUCUUUCUCUCUUUCUGUGGGGGUUGGGAGGCUCCAGGACACAAACACUCGACGCCGAGUCAACACUUGACUUUUUAUAGGGUUUCAAAGAAAUAAAAAUAAUUAAUUGAAAAGGUUGUUCCAAUACUUGAAUCUGAUCCCCCUGGCACCUAUGUUAUUAUUAACUGAAUAUUUUUCCACUUGAAUUUAGUGCUGUUAGAAAUUUAAUAUAUGUAUUUUAUUUAUUUGAUUUUUUUUUUUCUGCAUGACUGAUGCAAGGGUUGAGAUUUUCACUCAAUAAAAAAAAAAAAAAAAAAAAA